AUGGCCAGCAGUCGCACGCGACGAUCGACCAAACCUCAUCUCCGACCAACACCACAAUCCAACACAACUCGUCCUCCUUCAUCUUCAGCUUCGCUCACACAGUUUUGCACUUUCAUCGUCAUCAUCUCCCUUCUCGGACUGACCUUGAACAAACAAACCUGCCUGUCAAACACAGAUCUCGCAUAUCUUUCAUUCCUGCUCUCUUCGCUGACCAGAACUCUCUAUCCAAAACCCACAACUCCACUCGCGCAAAUGAAUCAGCUACCAUUUGGCAUGGAUGGAAUAAACUUCCUCCUCGAUGAUCGAGGGCUCCGGAUCCAUCCCAGCACCAUUCUCAGCGUCGGUACUUACGCCGUGGUCAUUCGCCAAAAUGAUGUGGCCGUCAAGAUGCCCAUCGUCCACUCAUUCGACGGAGUCAUGUCCAUCCACAAAAAUCGCGCCAAGAUGCAGGCUGAGCAAUUGGUCUACAGACAGCUCAUGCCGGACCCCACUGCAACUCUUGAAGGCGUUGUCCCCUGUGUGCGCAUGUGGAGCUACACCAUCGAACUUCAAUACAUGUCCCAAGGCACUCUGGGUGUAAUGCUCCAAACUCGAGGCAUCUCCCCCAUUCCACUUCAGAGGCGGUGGAUUCGCCAGCUCGCGACCGGUCUUCGAAACAUACAUGCACGUCGAGUCCUUCACAAUGACCUUGCCCUGCGCAAUAUCCUCCUGGAUGGAUCCCUCAAUGUUAUGAUCACGGACUUCGGUGUCUCGUCUAUCGUUCCGCUCGGUUUGGAUAUGAUGCUAUACAGGGAUCGCCACGGUUGUUCCAUGUGGACGGAUCUGGUUCAACUGGGCUCGAUCAUCUAUCACAUCGUCACUGGGGUGCCUUCCCGCGUCACCAUCUAUCCUCGACAUGACCUUUAUGCGGUUCUGCCACCGAGAAAUAUCUGGCCGGAUGUGAGGAGUCUUUGGGCUGGUCAAAUCAUUGAGGAUUGCUGGAAUGCUGGAGCUUUGGGUCCGGCUGGUGCACAGGCUAUUCUUAACAGACUGGAUCAUCUGACCUAA